GAUAAAAGAUUAGAAUCAGACGUUUUAGAUGCAAGGAGGACCUUAUAGCUGUUCUUAGGGUGGGAGUCUACCACUACCGCGCGUUGACAAACUUCUGGCGGCUCCAGAGUCCAGAGUGCAGACCCGCAGUAGGAACGGUGCCAUUGGUAUUGGUGUGAGCAGGAAGAAGAGUACAGCGUCGUUGGCUGCAAAGAAAUAAGAAUGUGAAUGCGGAGAAGUGUGUAGCUAAACAGUGAUUAACUCGACUCUCCAACUCAAAAUUUAAUUAAAAUUUUCAAAAAAAUAGGUUUUCUUCCCUGCUGAAUGACCAGUCAUCCAUGUCAAGCGGAUCAGUGAAGAAGAGGCCUAGGCGGUCGAGCUUACAGCCCUCCUCGCCCAUGGCGUCUCCCGUUUCUCCAACCUUUUGGAAAAAAGGAUCCGUUCUUCUUCCACUUUUUAUGGUCUUAUGCGUUCUCAUGCUAUUUUUCGUUACGCCGAAUACUUCGAGGAAAUCUAUGUUUGAGGUCUCUUCGACCCGAAUUUACUCAAUUGAAGUAGUCAACGAGUUCCCUCACGAUCCCAAUGCUUUCACGCAGGGGCUCCUGUAUGGAGGAAAUGACACCCUAUUUGAGUCAACUGGUCUGUAUCACCAGUCCUCAGUCAGAAAGGUUGUUCUCCAGACUGGGAAGGUUGAGAUUCUUCAUAAGAUGGAUUCCUCUUAUUUUGGGGAAGGCCUUACUCUUCUUGGUGAAAGGUUGUUUCAAGUGACUUGGUUGAAGAAAACUGGUUUCAUAUAUGACAGAUAUAAUCUAAGCAAACGUGGGACAUUUACUCAUCAGAUGCAGGAUGGCUGGGGACUGACAACAGAUGGGAAAAUCUUAUUUGGGAGUGAUGGAUCUUCAACACUCUAUCAACUUGACCCUAAAACAUUUAAAGUGAUAGGAAAAGGAGAUGUGAAAUACAAAGGUCAUGAUGUUUAUAAUAUCAAUGAGUUGGAAUUUAUAAAUGGUGAAGUAUGGGCUAAUAUCUGGCAGACUGACUGCAUAGCCAGAAUUUCACAUAAAGAUGGGACUGUUCUUGGAUGGAUUCUCCUUAACGAGUUGAGGGAAAAUUUAAUUGCAGCUGGGAAUAUUCAAAUUGAUGUUUUGAAUGGAAUUGCUUGGGAUAGAGAGAAUAACCGUUUAUUUGUUACAGGAAAACUAUGGCCAAAGCUUUAUGAGAUCAAAUUGCAUCCAUCAUCUGGUCCAUCUCAAGGGACCAUAGAGCAACUUUGCCUGCGAAAACCAUUCCGUUUUGUUUAGCCAUAGAGCACUUUGCUUGUGAAGGAGCUGACAUGGUACAAGGUGAAAAACUUCCUAAAGAACCUCAUUUUGUCGCUGCUGUACACACUCAGCCAACAUUUUGAUGCAAUGUUUAAAUGCACUUGCCUCCUGAGGUUUGAGUCCCAAGUUUCUAAAAGAACUAUUACCAGUUUUAUGAUGACAUUAGCAAGGAAUACUGGAAAAGAGUCGACUCAGCAAUGUGUGUGUGUGUGUGAGAGAGAGAGAGAGACUGUAUUGGUUAAAUUGGAUUUCACCAAACCAAAUUCCAAUUUCAUGUUAAAUGUCGUAAUUCUUGGAUAAGUGUGUACUUUUGUCUA